UUUUUAAUUUAUGCAUCUGAACUAAUUUGCUGAUGGUACACGCAAUCCGGGUUGAUCUUGCUCCCCACUAACCAGCCAGCUGAUAACGUUACAUUACAUUUUAGUCUUCGCUCAGAUCAACUUUUUUGACGUAUUUUUUGUUGUUUUGUUGUUUUAUCAGACGUGCUGGAGGAACUGGUGAGGCCGGUGUCAUGACACUGAGGAAAGUAAACGUGGUCAUUAUUUUGCUGCUGGCUGUUGCCUUUCUGAUCAUAGUUCAACGAAAUCUCCUCAACCUCAGUGACAUUUUACACAUGGAAAACCCAGUUGCUGGGAAGAGUCUUCCCUUUGAAUCCGAGUUGUCUCCGGAUCUCGGGCUGGAGUCUGUGAGGAAAGGAGAGGAGAUCUCUGUCCUCAUCACUGCUGUCGAAGAAAGACUUGGAGCUGUGGUUGCUGCCAUGAACAGCGUCUAUCAGAACAGCAAAGCCAAUGUUGUCUUCACCAUAGUGACCCUGAAUGACACGGUGGAGCACCUCAAUGUGUGGCUUAGUAAGACACAGCUAAACAAUAUCAAAUAUAAUAUCGUUAUCUUCAAACCUGAGCUCCUCAGUGGGAAGAUGUCCAAAGAUUCCCCAAUGCUGCAAGAUGCCCAACCUCUGACUUUUGCCAGGUUUUACCUACCUGUAUACCUACCCAAAGCAGAGAAAGCUAUUUAUUUGGAUGACGAUGUUAUUGUACAAGGGAACAUUCAGGAGCUUUAUGAAACUAACCUCAAACCAGGACACGCAGCAGCCUUUUCUGACGACUGUGAUUCCGCAUCUGUUAAGGGCAUCAUUCGAGGUGCCGGGAAUCCGAACAACUAUUUAGGUUUCCUGGACUUCAAAAAGGAUGCAAUCAAGCAGCUGGGGAUGAAGGCCAACACGUGUUCCUUCAACCCUGGGGUCAUAAUCGCCAACCUGACAGAGUGGAGGAACCAGAACAUAACCCUGCAGCUGGAGCACUGGAUGGAACUUAACUCACGGGAGGAUCUAUACAGCAAGACACUAGCAGAGAGUAUCAUCACCCCUCCACUCCUCAUUGUUUUCUACAAACGCCACUCCGCCAUUGAUCCGAUGUGGCACGUCAGGCAUCUUGGCACGACGGGUGCUGGAAAGCGCUACUCCCCGCAGUUUGUGAAAGCUGCAAAACUCCUCCAUUGGAAUGGACACUACAAACCCUGGGGGAGAACAUCCUCCUUUUCUAAUGUGUGGGACAAGUGGUUCAUUGCAGAUCCCGUGGGAAAAUUUAACCCUGUGCGAAAAAGCCCAGGGGACCACUAGACUGAAAAACAGGUUUCAGCAACUUUUCAAGGGGCUUCACUUUGACCUUGUCCCGGCAAGACCACGCCUCGCGAAAUCUCAGGAUGUAAGUAAAGCCUUUUCACCUGCAAGUUCUGAAAUCAUAUAUAUUUGUAUACUCGUGUACUCUCAUUCCCUUGAACAAACCUUAAUUCUAUAACCAGCACAUUAGUAUUUCACCCACACUUCUCAAUGACCUGUUUAGAGCAGAGUGCCUCAUUUCGUCAUCCUGAACAGUAAGACUCUCAUUUGAAGAGUAUUCUCAUGUAUACAUGAAUCCUAGUCCACAUAAAUUAGGUACCACGUGACAGUACAUAAUUCACUUAUUUUGCAUACUGGAGGACAUUAGUUACCUUAGCUGUAAUGAUAUACGUACUCACCGGCCACUUUAUUAGGGACACAUGCUCAAAUGCUUGUUAACACGAAUUGCCAAUCACAUGGCGUGUAGACGUGGUCAAGACAACUUGAAGUUUAAAUCGAGCAUCAGAAUGGGGAUGUAAGUGACUGAUAGUGGCAUGGUUUUUGGUGCCAGACCCACUAGUCUUGAGUGUCACAAACUGCUGAUCUACUGUGAUUUUCUCCUCAUAACAUCACUAGGGUUUACAGAGAAGGGUUCAAAAAAAAUAUCCAGUGAGCGGCAGUUGUGUGAAUAAAAAUGCCCCACUGAUUUGAGGUCAGAUAAGAAUGGGCAGACUAAUUUGAAAUUAUAGUGUAACGCAAGUUCCCGAUCUCAUGCUAUUUUGUAGGUCGAUCUCCUUAUAAAGGCAACAGUACCUCAAAUAACCACUUGCAUCCCUGAAUGCACAACACUUGAUCUGAACCUUUGAAGAAAUUGGACAAUAGAAGUUUGGGGAAAAUGUGCUGUGAUAUUCAGAUGGUAGGGUCAGUUUGGAUCCACAAGAUAGAAUAAUGCACCAUGUCAUAAAGCUCGUAUCGUCUCGAACAGUUUGUGAAUGACUGAGUUCGCUGUACUCCAAUGGCCUCCGCGAGCACCAGAUCUCAAUCCACUGUGGGCUGUGGUAAACAGCAAAUUUGCAGCCGACUGAUCUGAAGCAACUGCAUGAUCCUAUGUCAGUAUGGACCAAAAUCUUGUGAAUGUUUCCAACACCCUUAUGAAGGAAUGCCACAAAGAAUUAACUGAAGGCAAAACCUUUUACUACCAUGGUGUACCUAAUAAAGUGGCUGAUGAGUAUAAUGAUAUAGUCCAAUAUUAGCCACAAAGGUACUUUCAUUAAUUCCUGUGGUUUUACUUGAUUACACAUGUUUUACAGUUGUCUAUUUAACGCAAUUGUACAUAUAGAUGAAUGAUUUUUUCCUCCUGGAAUGACAUUCGGCAAGCUAGUAAUGGUAAAUUCUUAAUGUUCACUGGUCUAUAAUUGCCGUAAACCAACACUACAGUGCUGUACUACCUCAUGCUGAACUUUGAUUUCUUUCAAGCCAACUGACAUCUCUGCAGAAAGUCAUGUUUGUACAUUGUUCUCAUGCUUUAUAGCCCUUCAGUCAGGAUUUUAUACAUUCAGAACUUUCUAUUGCAUAUCAAAUAAAAACGAAGAUUUCUCCAGA